AUGGACCAUGUAUGCACUGAAUACUUGCCACCACUCGCCGAAGUCGAGGUCCUCCCCGCGUUCAGCCCGUUCCACAGCGUCGAGCCUCCAGAGCUUGAGCUCGAUGGUUUCCGCCUCCGUGAGAGGAGGGACGAGGGGUUGAGGCUUGCUGGGGGGACGGGGAGCGAGGCCCUCCAGGGUGAAGACGACGAGGUCUUCAAGGGGCAGGGGAUUGUGGCCCUGCUCGGCCAGACUGGCGAGAAUGUCGCCUGGGAAGAGAAGGUAGUCCUCCACGAAGAGGGGGACGAGGCCCUGGGCGGUCGGGAAACGGCGGGAGAGACUGUGUUUGAGAAGUGA